UUACAAAGAUUUGGACAAUUAAUUGGUGACUCCAAAGUCUUCUUGUUCAUGAAAAGACUGAAAGCGAACAUCCACACACACAACAAUUUCUCAAACCCGUGUCCAUUUCUGUAAAAUCACACACAUAUCCAAACAAUUUAACAACAACAAAGAUUCCCAGAAUCGAACAUCACAACACAACACAACCAAAAAAAAAAUGUCUCGUUAUCUUUCUUCAAAUCCCUUCGCAACGCUUCUCUCAGAUUCAGAUUCUGACACUGACUCACUGAGUCAAUUCGUCACCGAUCUCUUCGAAAAUCGUUCCCCUUCCGAUCCCGCUUGUCCUUGGGAAGAUGAAGAUGAUCCAAUAUACCUAAACCCUUUCUCCGUUCUCGCUUGCGAUGAAGCUGAAUCUCAACCACAACCAGAAUUAGAAUUAGAAUUAGGGUUUGGUGAUGAAUAUGAAAAUGAAAUUGAUGAUACUCAAUAUAAUGAUAAUUAUGAUCAAGUUUUCGAUUUUUCAGUGGGUGGUGUUGAUGAUGAUUCUAGUGGGCUUAGGGUUGUUGAAUUUGGUACUGAUUCGGAAUCGAGUGGGAAUGAUGAUGAAUUUGAUUAUAGGGGAGAGAAUGAUGAUGGUGAUGAGAGGGUUGGUGGAAUUUGUUGGGAUAGUCUUUGUUUGGAGGAUCAUAGGAGUAUUUUGAAUGAUUGGGAGGAAGUGGUAGAGGAGAGGGUGAAUGAGGAUGCAAAUGAGAUUGGAGAAUCUUCUAGUUUGUUGAUUGAAGAUGAGGUUGAUGUUGAUGAUGAUCGGUCAGUGACAUCGGGGUUUGAAGAGGAAGAAGAGGAACCGGGCGAAGAGGCGUUGAGGUAUUUGGAGUGGGAGAUUCUACUAGCUUUUAAUAAUUUAGAGAGGAGUGGUGGAUUGGAACAUGAAGAUGAGAGUCUUAAUAAUUUGUAUUUAGCUGUUCACGAUAGUAUUAUAUCGGGAAACAAUGAUUAUGAUGUUCUUUUUGGACAGUUAAUGGAGAAUGAGAGUGGUUUGAAGGGUAGUCCACCAGCGGCGAAGAGUUUCGUGGAGAAUCUUCCUUUGGUGGAACUGACGGAGGAGGAGUUGAAAGAGAAGGAUGUUGUGUGUGCUGUUUGUAAAGAUGAGGUAAUGGUUGAAGAGAAGGUGAGGAAGCUACCUUGCUCACAUUGUUACCAUGGAGAUUGUAUUUUGCCGUGGUUGAGUAUUCGUAACACGUGUCCUGUUUGUCGGUUCGAGUUGCCAACAGAUGAUGCUGAUUACGAGCAGAGUAAGAUUCGUAGUGUGGCUGGUGAUCUGUUGGAGUUUGCAACAUAGAUGUAUUUUUUGAUUUGUUGCUUUGCUUCAGGUUAUGCCCCCAAACUUAUGUAAAUAGCUGUUGGUUUUGUCUCGUUUAUUCAAAUGAUGACGAGAACAAAUCUUUUGCAAUUAGUUUUUGUGUUGUGCUGGUUUUGGAAUAAGAUUUAUACCAUUUUGUGUGCAUUGGAUAUACUCAAGAAAUGGAUGGUGAAGUUUAUGUUCAUAAAGUUUAAAUGCAUCACAAGAUGGAUCAUGUUGAUGGGUUAGUUGGUAUUUCUUUUCAUAACUCUGUAAUUAUUGUAUUUAAGCAUACUCGUUCUGUUGUUCAGAAUCAUAUUGUAUAAAAUGUUGAUCAUCUGUAUGUCUUUAGUAAGUUUAGCUGACCCUUUUUCUAUAGAGUUGCAUUUCUAAGGAAACGAAAAACUGGAAAACCAUUAUUAUUUAGUUGAAUGGUAUUGUAAGUUUGUAACAUUGUAUGAGUUAACAUGGUUCUUAAUUCUUA